UGCACAAAAAAUUGGUUCUUUAAAUAUGGUGGAUGUUAGGCAUGAAAUUUAUUGAAAACCAUUUAAUCUACCAUUUUUUGGUAUACAUGUCAAUUAAGCAGCAGUAUUUGUUACAGGGUAGUGGUUGGAAUCUAGAAGAUAUAUAAUGCAGAGUGCAUCAAAUUUGUAAAUUACCACCUUAACUUUUUGGAAUGGUAUUGCUUUUAUCCAAAUGUAUAUUUAAAAUGAUACUUUUUAUAUUAUAAGCAAAAAAAAAUGAAGAUGGGAGGAUUUAGUGUGGGCUGGUACAUACUGUUAGUAGCAGCGGCUGCGUACGCGCAAAAUGAUAAUAAAAACUUCAACAAGAAAGGAAACGUUGCUUCUGUCGACGAUAUUUAUAACAGGGAGUGGAAAAAUGUCCUCACAAAGUACCUAAAAGAUAAUAAUGAUGUACCCACAAUGAAAAGCAAACGUUACGUUAUUGAAAAGACUUUAUUAAAAGCUCUAAACAAUAGCGACGAGUUAUUUGACGUUAACAAGAACAGCAUGAUUGAUGGCGAUAAUUCGAAAAAAUCAAAUAUUUCCCGUCAUGAAAAUACUAAAAAAGACAUCGUGUUUCAACUUCACAACUAUAAAACUGAAAAUAAUAUUCGAAAUCGUCAGACUAUCGGCUCCCCUGUGGACAGUUAUGGUGCAAGUAUUGGAAAAGCGUAUGGCGAUCCCGAUAACUAUCAAGCCAUUGGCGAUGGUGUAUUUCUUAUGAACAGUGAUUCUAGAGUAGGUAGUAGCAGUAGUAAUAACGAAUUGACUGCGAAAACAAAAAUUAAAACGAUAAAGGAAAGUUUGCCAGACACUACAAAAACUUUGACAACUAUUAUUGGCAACCUUGAUAAAGAAGACAAGGAUAUCAUGGACGAAACGAGAAAGCGUCAUGCGAAUGUAAUGCAGUCCAUAGCUAUUGAAAGUGAUGCACCGACCCAUUCCGAUGCGAUUAGUGCUCAACACAACUAUCAGCAAGAAAAAAUUCUUUCAUCUGACAACAACAUUGAAGGGGUCGAACCAAAAGAGAUGAAUUUAAUAAAUAAUAUUGAAAAAGAUUUGAAAGCUGAUGACAAAAAAGCAGAUUUAAACAUAAAUGCUGAGACCGAGGCCAUUCACCGUAGCACUGCUAUUGACUUAGCAACUGGGCAAAAAAGUCUUGACACCAUUGCAAAGGCUGUGCAGGACACUGACAAAGAUUUUAUAAAAAACAAUCCGUUGGUAGUUGACCCUGAAACAAAAGAAGGUUCAUUAGAGAGUAAUGAACAACCCGAAAUGUAUAAAAAAGACUUUACAAUCAGGUCAUCAGAUGUCAAAAAAAGUCUUGAUAGAAUAGACGCUGGAGACAAACAAAUCAAAACAUUUGCAGGCAAAAACGUCGAUAAAUACAACACUGGCGAAAAUGAAUAUGACUCAGAAAGAGUAAAAAAUAUUGUAGAUUUUGCAGCACAGGAAGAUGCGCAGAUAAUGGUUGGAGGUAGUAGAAGUCGCAGACCUAAAAAGCAUCGCAGUAAGCAUAGUAGAGCAAAACAUAAUAAAAAAAUCUGGCACGAUCUGUUUAAGCACUUUGAUAAUAAAAAUGAAGUAAAGAAACUAGUUCCUUCAAAGCCAAAAAACAGAUAUCAAUCUGCAUCUGACGAUAGUUCCGCAGAUACAGGAUUUUUCAUGGCAGAUGAAAGUGAUUUAGCCAGUUUGAAUAAAAAGACGGAAGAUUUUGUUUCUCGCACUGUUAACGCUUCAUUAGUAGACAUAAUACAGCCUUCACAAAUUGAUAUAGCAAAUAAAAGAAGAAACUUAUCCAGCUCAAGUGAAGAAGAAUCACUACAACAUAUGAAUCAGGUUCAUCCAUUUGUUUCAAACGAAACAAAAAGAGCUAGUCAAUCAAGCGAUUAUAAGUCUUCACACAAUCAAUAUCCUAAAACGCCAGAUAAAGACGAUAUCAACUUAUACAAAACUUUAAACAAAACAGAUCUUAAAAGACACAACCGACACCGUUCUGGGUCAGUUUGGAAGGUGUCAAAGAAACCUUCAAAACUGAUUACUGUUGGCAAAAAACCAGGUGUGCAAAUUGAUUUGUAUAUAACAAAUAAUAAGAAAAAAAGAACUAAAAAGAAAGCUAACGUACGCAAGCAUGAUACCCUUAAAAGCGACAUGCAAGUGAUCGGAAAUCAGAGAUUUAUUGCAAGUAACAGUGACGAGGAUGACACAACAUCCGGUCUUAGUAAUGAUGUUGAAGAUGUUUCGUUAAAAGAAGCUGCAAAUCAUCAAGAAAGAGAUAUGUUUAGCGUAAAUUCAAAUGACAAUGAAUUUGGAUCUGACAAAACUAGCAUUGAUGAUAUCCAAACUGAUCAUGUAGAAGGUAACGAGGAUAAACAAAGUAAUGAGGUCAACAUACAAGAUGCUUUGAAUAGUGAGGAAAUAAAUAAUGCGAUAAAGCAGUCUGAUUUAAAGGGUUUGAGUGAAAUGAAAAGUGAGAUAGAUCUUCAAGAUGAAAAAAAUACAGUAGAUUUUUUUAAUCAACCAAACACGGCAAAGUCUUUUUCUCACCACUUGGACAUAUCUCCAAACAUGAGAGAACUAACGCAACAAGUCAAAGAAGCGGAAGCCGGAGUUGAAAAUGAGUCAAUCAAAAGUGCAAAUGAGGAAGAUCCCCAGAAAGUGAAAAUUAUUCUACAUAUCCCAGAAGGAAUUUCAAAACAAAAAGAAAAAGACCAAAACACGAACACGAACACGAAAGAAGCAGUGAAAUCUCUGGAAGAGCAAGCAAAGGCGUUCUUGUCAACUGAUUUGUCAAAUGAUAUUGAAAAAAAUCUCAAAAUCAAGAAAGAAAAGGAAAACUUUAAUGACGAGACAUUAGAAGCAGCAAAAAAAAUCGAAGAGUUUAUUAAGCAAGAAGCUUCAAAGGAAGCUGCUGAAGACAAAAAGAAAGAAGCACAAGUGACAGGAAAACAAGACACGUCUAUAAAAAAUGAUAAAGAUGAAGAAACAAGUGAAAACAUUUUAAGCGCAAUUUUAAAAUCAAGUGGUACUUUACAUGACCUUGCACCAGCUGAAAGCACAGAUGGUUAUGAAAACAAUAAUUCUAAUCAGAUCUUUAAAGUCAAAGAAAACAAAAUGUUGGAUGUUGAAAAAAAUAAAUUCAUGGUGAAAAACGCAGGAAAGGCUCUGGAUAGCCUUAAUGGUUUAAGUAGCUCAAAAGAGCAUUCGAAAUUCGAUUCAAUUCUAUCUUUCGCAAAUAAUUUUAAUCCACACCCGACCACCCCCUUACUGGAAAAGUUCAUAAAGACAACCCAUGAGCAAGCUUUAAGUAAGGAGCCGAUGAAAAGCUCGGAUGCGGUUUUACCCUCAUUCACCGAUGUAGAAGUAACUGCCCCUACACCCUCUCAACAGUUACGCAUAAACGGGGGUAAAGUUCUUGGCGGUAAUGUCAGAGGUGGAAAUAUAUUAGGUGGGGUAGUGUCUGGUGGAGAUGUUUCUGGAGGAGAAAUUCGUGGUGGAAGAAUCACUGGUGGUACCUUCAAGAACGGUUUAUUUUUAGGUGGAACACUCGAUAAUGGUAUUGUAGAAGGUGGUCGUAUUAAGGGCGGAAAAAUAGAAGGAGGGGAUAUUAAAUCUGGCAUGGUGGAUGGGGGUAUUGUUAUAGGUGGUGUUAUUGAUGGUGGUCAUUUAAUUGAUGGAUCUGUUGAAGGAGGAGAAUUUAAAGGAGGUGAAAUAAUAGGAGGCCAUCUUAUUUCAGGUGAAAUGGACGGUGGGGUAUUAAAAAAUGGUACCAUUAAUGGUGGAGUCCUAAAGGGUGGUGUUAUUGAGAGUGGUACAUUGGAAGGUGGUGUUAUGUUGUCAGGGAUCUUAAGGGGUGGUGAUGUGAAGUCAGGGAUAAUAAAAGGCGGGAUUAUCGAUAAAGGUGUUAUCGUUCAAGAUGCAGAGAUAGGACCUGGUGUUGAAAUACACGAUGGCAUUGUUAAAGGAGGAAAAAUUACGGUGAACAGCCUUCCACAAGUAACUGGUGUUCAGUCCACUCUGUUGACGAGUCCUCUUGUUCCGGAAGCAGAUCACACUGAUGAAAACAGAUCUAAUAUUAUGUACACACUUGAAGUACUACCAAAACCAACACCUAAAGAAGCUUCAAUUGCCACUGUAGGCAACGCAACUGCAAUCCAACAACAGGAUGAGCCGAUUAAAGUAAUAGCAAACCUAGCACCGUUGACAAACGAUAGUGACGACAACCACAGUCAAGAGCAAGAAAAACAUUUGCUUGAAAAAUCCUUAAGUGUAAUGAAUAAUGGGAUUGAAAUUGAAAAUCAUUUAAGAAAUAUUGCAAAACCAAAAGAAAGUCAUAAAGAAGAAAAACACCGCAUCAAGCAAGAAGAAGCGAGUGAGGUGAAACAAAGUGAAUUUCCACAGUCAAAACCAAAUAUACUAACAAAUCAGGUUGAAUCAGGCCACAUCAUGCAGUUAAUCAGUACGCCAAAACAUGACAGCAUAGACGUGCGCAAACAGAAACUUACGAGCAAUAGGGCAAAAGCAAGACAAAUUGUUGAUGCUGAUAACAAAAACAUUCAACACCUUUUAAACCAGUUGCAAACGUCGGCUAAGAGAGCUCCUGCUGACGAGUUUAAAAAUAGAGUUGCAGCAUCCAUGUACGCUCAACUGGAAGAAAGAAAGAAUGCACAAGGGCGUUUGAUGGAGGAGGCGCCUUUGGCACACUGGGAGUUAUCGAAAUCGAGCAACAGUGUUAUAAAAGGGGAACCUGGAGUUAAGUUGAGAGUUUCUGGUGGCGUACGACUUCACAAUGGACACGCGAUACUAGACGGUAUCAAUGGAUAUAUGGAUGCUGGAGAUUAUCAAGGAGAAUGUUUUAGUGAUCCAGAAGUUUGCGAAAACGGUUUUACUGUUCAAAUGACGCUGAAAAUUUAUCGAGAUAGUGUUUUCAACACAAGUAGGAUGUUUAUUAUUGAUUCUGGAGCGUGGAGUAAAGAUUCACGUGGUAUAAGUUUAUAUGUGAGUGAUGGACGCAUUGGCGGAAUUGUGGUUACUCGUGAUGAAACAUGGUGUCUCCACAAAAUACUGGAACCUUAUAUUGAAAAAUGGAUGACUUUAACAGUGACAUGGGAAAAAAAUAAAGGACUAUUCUUGUACAUCAACUGUGAUGAAUUUGAUAAAUCACUUCCACAUGCGUCGUCAGAAUGUGACCAAUGUAUCGACAAAAAUGGUUGCCACAAAACAGACGUAGCUACAAGAUUGAUGUUUGGUCGUCCAAAUAAAGGACCACAUUUUAAAGUUAUCCAUAUGGCAGUGGGGGAAAUAUCCUUAUAUGAAAGAUAUUUUGAUAAAGAAGACGUGAAAAAGAUAUGUGGGUCAAAAGACGAUGUGUCAACUUCUUCAGCUCUUGCAUCCAUCAUCCAGACACCGUCACCAAUGAUAUCCGCAUCAGCAGUUCCAGUAGUUCAACCAACUGAACCACCAAAAGGAUCAGUCAUAUCUUUCAUAAAGCAACGCCAUUCAAACGACGAAGACGGGCCAUAUAUGUGGCCUACACCUCCUUCAAUAAAAUUUAGAAAACAACAUGAUAUCGUUAAAGCGGACUUAAAGGACAACCUAUGGCCAACUCCUGCCCAUUUGCGCCCCAUGAUGCAACAUAAGUCAACACAAGCGCAUCAGACACUUAUUGAUUACAACACUGAUCGAAGAUCGUCGCUGUGGUCUAAACAGGACGAUAGAAUAAACGGUGGUUACUCAUCUUGGACUGGCUGGUCACCUUGCAGUCAGUCUUGCGGAGACGGCGUCAAGAUUGCAGUUCGUUACUGUAGUAAUCCCAUGCCAAAACGAGGCGGUAAAGACUGCUCCAUGCUUGGUUCACCGAGAAAAUUUACACCUUGUUCCAAUGCUCCUUGUGCUGUAAGAGGCGAAAGACGUGGUACUAUUCCAGUCAUGCAUUUAGACUAUGGCACGAAGAAAUCAAUAGUUCCAGGAAACGUGCAAUCGCCGAUGAUUAUAGUCAACGGCCAGCAAAAAUCAUUGCAGGAGCUAGAAACAGCAUUCGAACAACUUAAACACAGAAGGAAGUAAUCAUAAUAUGUUGUGUUUCGUGAAUAAUAAACGAUUGUGAUGCAAACAAUUGUGUAUUAAAGAAGGAUGCUGUCCACUAAGCAUUGCAAAUAUUCUCAAUAAAGUAUAUAGAAUCUAAUUAUUACAAACGAACAUGCUAAACGCAUUGCUUGUACAGAUCCAAAAGGAAAUAAAAAGACCGAAGAGAGCCCUUGUAUGAAACAGUAAAACAUUCAUUAGUUCGUUCGUAGCUUUGUAUUAUUAUAUGUGUUGUUUAGCCAUUUCGUAUGUAUAUAUGCCUAUAUAUAAAUAGCCAUAUUUUACACAUUUUACGUCUGAGCACUUUUUUCCGGGAACUUCAAAACUGGCUUUCCAUAAUCCACUUACCGAUCAUAUGAAAAAGUUUUUCUAAAUUCUAAAGGUUUUUGAUAACAUUUUUUCAAACGAUUUGUUAGAUGCAGCUUGUUUUUGUUAACAAUUUUUUUAUAAACAAUUACUUUCAAAUCAGUUUAAGUGUCCGACCUUCUAAAAUUUUGCUCAUAUCAGGUUAAUAAGUUAUACGUAAAAUACAUAAGAGAGGGUUCCGAUGUUGACACAGAAUGCAACCAAAAACCUGUGAGCUAUGACACUAUAGUAGAACCCAGGCACCAAUGGGGAAGUCCCAGGAAAAAAAUUAAAGUUUAGGAACGCUCUAAAAGAAUGUGGGUCAAUCGGUAUUAGAAUUUAGACUAGUCCAAAGUAUAUAUACCAAACUUUACAAAAUAUAAUUUUUAUAACGAA